AGCCCGCGCCACGUGACCACGGGGCCCAGAAAUAGCGCGGUUCCGCCCGCCCCCGGCCUACUGGGGCCAGACUGGGACGCGGCGCCGGGGAUGCUGCGGAGCCCGGCCGGGCAGGAUGGCGAUCCGCGAGCUCAAAGUGUGCCUGCUCGGGGACACCGGGGUUGGAAAGUCGAGCAUCGUGUGUCGCUUUGUCCAGGACCAUUUUGACCACAACAUCAGCCCUACCAUCGGGGCCUCUUUCAUGACCAAAACUGUACCUUGUGGAAACGAGCUUCACAAAUUCCUCAUCUGGGACACCGCUGGGCAGGAGCGGUUUCACUCGCUGGCUCCCAUGUACUAUCGAGGAUCUGCAGCAGCCGUCAUAGUCUACGACAUUACCAAACAGGAUUCGUUUCAUACCUUGAAGAAAUGGGUCAAAGAAUUGAAAGAGCAUGGCCCAGAGAACAUCGUGAUGGCCAUUGCUGGGAACAAGUGCGACCUCUCUGACAUUAGGGAGGUUCCCCUGAAGGACGCGAAGGACUAUGCCGAAUCCAUAGGCGCCGUCGUGGUGGAGACCAGUGCCAAGCAUGCUAUUAACAUCGAGGAGCUCUUCCAAGGGAUCAGUCGCCAGAUCCCGCCCUUGGACCCCCUCGAGAAGGGCAACAACGGAGCCAUCUGCAUGCACGGCGGGAAGCCACCCGCGCAGGCCCGGCGGUGCUGCUGACGGGCCUCCAGGUGCUGCGCUGCCUGCAGGAGCCACACCCCAAGCUCCGGAAGCGAGGCACAGGCCUUGCCCCCGAGGCUGCAGGAAGCGGGCAGGAAGUGUCCCUGAGAGGAAGUUGAGAAAACUCUGGGAAAACCACACCGCUGCUGUGUGACCUUUGGGGGUUGUGCUUACUGGGUAGCAGGUGCAGUCGCCCUUUUUGCUGAGAGCAUUAGAACAUGGUUGGAUCUGUCCACAAGUCUUAAGUACUGUUUUCCUCUGAGUCCUGUGUCACCUGCUCAGAUUCCAGGCUGUGCCUGACCUGACCUGACCAGCCUUCACCAAAAGGCGAAUUUAAUAUAGAAGGAUAGAUUUUCGCUGGUUUGAGAAAUAAGCUUUUAUUUAUUACUGUUCUGAGGGAAGUCAGAGAAGUGUAACUGGACCACCAUUCGAGCUGAGGCUUGUACUGCUGUGGAAGAGGAGGAAAAAAAAGUCGGAAAAACUAUCAUUUGCAGGCCUUUUAAUUUAAUCGGUGAUUUUUUUUCCUAAAUUUUGAUCAGAUAUAAACAAACAGAUCCAAUCAGACUACAAUACAGCACAUGACCUUAGGACCAGGAGCACCAGUUAAAUAGUCACUAUGUAGGGAGGGUAGCGGAAGGGUGUAAACUUUCAGAGGCCAUGCGGUACACAUCACCCACAUGGGAAUAAAUUCCUACUGUCGUAGAGAUGGUCAGUGCAUGCAGUAUUAUGUUACUAAGAAUAUGCCGUGGUGUCAUAUCUGGGGAAAAAGUUAGCCAGAGAAUGCUUCGAGUCUAAAUUCUAAUUGGUAUAAUAACUAAUCAUAGGUUAUAGGAAAGCCAGCCAGAGGAAGUAUUACCACCCUAAAAUUCAAAGCCCAGAGGAACUGUGAAAUUGGGGACAGCAUUUUCAGUGUUGUCAGGCCCGGGGACAGUCAUAGAGCCAAGCAGAGGGCUGCCUGUGGGCUGCCAGAGGCCUGAUGGUAGGCUCCAAGGGAGGCUUUCCCAUUCCGAUUCCCUAUCUGCUCAGCCACCGACAUCUAAAUCCCAAGGGGAGAAAAGAAAGUGUAGAAAGGAAGAGAAGUCAUUUCCACCAAAAGUGCAAAUCCCGUCACCAGUCCGGCUUUCAUAAGAACUUGGGAUCAAGAAGGAGCCAGGCUUUGUCUGGGCCGGCACGGCCUCAUCGGCAGGGCAUGGCGCAGUGUGUCUGCAAGGGCCAGGUGUGGCCUUGUUUGCCAUGGAUGUUCUGGGGCCAGCGAGGCGUGGAGAGCCCACCAUGUGAAGGAAGGAGGCCACAGGCUGGUCCAAGGCCUUGAGCUGUCUGUGGCUCAGUAUGACUCACAGAGCUGGAGUCACAGGGACCGGUGCUGCCCAGCUCUCCUGGGCAGGAGACGAAGUCAUAGCACUAAGGAAGGAAGGGGGCCGGAGGCCUUUUCUCUAUGUUGAUGGUAACAGGAGAGCGGGGCCAUGUUCUCAGCACAUAGCUGUUCUUCAACUCGAAGAUGUGCUGUCAAUUUGAGUUCUUACUGGUUUGCCCAACUUUGGAGAGAUGAUCGACAGCCUUAGAAUACGGAGGCCAGAAAACACUUAUUUUGGUUUUAAGAGUGUCACUUGGUUCUCCCAGGCAGGCACCCCAAAACCAGCUAGCAAGUGGCAUUGGAUGUCUUGGCAGGCCCUCUGCAGGGAUUGCUGGAGUUCUUUCCCACAUUGCCAGCGUUCCUGCCUGGCGUGCUUCUGCUGCAGGCCAAGAAAUGAUCAUACCUCUUGCCAGAGGCGCAAAAUCAAAUUGAACAUUGAAGCGACCUCCUUACAGGUGACAUACAGGCCUGUUUCUGCCUUUCCUCGUGCAGCUUUCCUUGAGCACCUGGAUUGCUCUCCAACCAGCAGCUCAGGUUUCCGAGCUAAGGUAGCUCACACCCCAGCUGAGAGUGUGGCAGCUUUGAUGGUGUUGGCAGUGGCUGUAUUUGGCAUCAAAUGUCCAGUCGUAACUACAUGUAGGGAAUCUACCCACUAAUGAGCCCCUGGUUUUUUUCAGAAGCACAUGAAGGGGUGAACCACUGUCUUACCAUUCUGUAUUGCCUUAGCUAUGGAAGCCAAUCAGAAGGCCAAAUAUGUAUAUAAUUUCCACUCAGAGCAACUGGCAAAGACAGCAGGUGGCACUUGGGCACACGAGUCUUUAUGUAGACGUUGAAUCUCCUCUGAUGACAGCUUGGGGCUUGUCCGUGAUGAGGCCUUCCCACCCUUCCUUACUUUGACUUGGAAUUACUUUCUGGCUAUUCCGAUCAUUGGUCCACAGCCACUUAACACUGUGUAAUGCCUGGAAAUUACCAUUGUUCAAAAAUGUCAAGUAUUUUCAUGGAAUGUGGCACCCUUGGCAUCAUUUUCCCAGACCUGGCCCUUCUCCCCUUUUCUGUCAUUUGCAGAUGUGUGUGUACAUGUGUAAAUAUGAUCCUCUGCUGGUUACGCUGACAUGUAAUCCAUUUCAAACUGGCUGGGUUUGGCUCAUGGCCACUUUCUGUAGGAAGAGCAUGGGUUCUCAGAGGGACUGCUUCCCAGUGAAAUCUAGAACUGGGGGUGAAUUGUGUAAACAUUUUACAUAGGUACAGUAUUGACUUGCUGUUUCAUGGCUUGAAAUGGCACAUUAGGGUGCUGACUAUGACGUUGCCUUGUAGACUAACAGGUUGAAGACCUAGAGCUAAGUUCUGUCCUAUAAUAUGGGCUGUGCCCCAGUGGAAACUAGUGCCUUUAGUGAGGGAGGUUUGGAUGACAAGAUAUAGCCUUUAUGAUUGAGGACCAAAGGCUGUGGUGGCUGAGCAGAGCGCUUGUGUGUGGGCUUCCCCCUCACUGCUUUGGCACACCUGGCAAGUGUGUGAUGAGCAAGCUCUUCAAACGAAGGGCUCAGGGCUGCACUCACACCUCAGAGGUAUCUAGAUUACCCUUCACUGCCAUCCAGUGAUCCGAUGGCAGUGCUCUGUGUGCAGACUGCCAACUCUCCUGGUGUUCUGUAAAGGGCUUCCGUCUGGGCUGGACCCAGUUCUUGUAUCUAGAAGAUACCACUGCAGGCACCCAGGACUUUUGUAUAUUGUAUUCUAUUCUAUAGUAAAACAUUUCCCUCAGCAGUGACCAUUUGUAUCUAUUGUUUUUGUUUUAACACACACGGAUUCAUACUAAUAAAUAUUUUAAGUUUUAA